GACACUACGUCUCUGACACACACUAAGUAGAAAAGGAAAAGGGCAGGAAAAGGAAGCCAAGCUUAAAUUGACGAAAAGUUUACUUUAUUUAUUUUAAAAUUUAUUAUCUCAAUAUUUGAAGGUGACUAGUUAAUCAAAUAAUAAAAAUUUACAAUUCAUAAGGUGUACAUAUUUGUAUGCUAUAAAAUAUGGCUGAUAGUGAUGAUGAAUAUGAUAGAAAACGCCGAGAUAAAUUCCGAGGAGAAAGAGCAGAAGCUAGUUAUAGAGGUGCUGAAAGGGUAGCAAGACCAAGGGACGAAUGGGCAGAAAGAGAUUCAUGGUCUCGUCCUAGACCAAGGGAAUAUAGAAGCAGUGUUCGUGAUAGAGGAUAUUCGCCCAAUAUGGAGCCAGCUCCCAAAAGAAUUCGUCAUGAUUAUUACGGAGGAGGCGGCGGAGAUGGUUAUUAUAACCAUUAUGGGGUUAAUACUUACCAUCAGCCAGCCUACAGAGAAUCGAUGGGUGCUCAUACCGAAGGCCAACAACCACCUAUGAUGUCUUUUAAGGCUUUUUUAGCUACUCAAGAUGAUAACAUUUCUGAUAGCGAGGCUAUAGAAAAGUACAAUGAUUAUAAACUAGAAUUUCAACGUCAGCAGCUUAACGAAUUUUUUGUGGCUCAUAAAGAUGAUGAGUGGUUUAGACUUAAGUAUCACCCAGAAGAAUCUGUAAAACGAAAAGAAGAGCAAAAGGCAGCUUUGAAGUUUAAAUGCUGGCAAAAUAGAAUGUGUUAAGGUGGAUUGUGCGGAAACCAAUAAAUUACUUAAAUUACUAGAUACUGUUGUUAUCAAACUUGAGGGAGGUACCGAUGAGGAUUUGGCUGCUCUUGAACAAGAGUAUGAAGGUAAAAUUACAUUGUUGUUGAUGAGACUCAAUUUAAAUCUUGUUUUAGGUCCAGAUUUUGUUCGGAAACACAUAUUUAAUAAACAUGCUGAGAAACUUGUAGAAGUAAGAAAAGAAGUCGAAUUCUUUAAUAACUACCUAAAAGAUCCCAAAAGACCAAUGUUAGCAGAAGCUCCUCAACAAAAAAGGGAAGAACCUGCUAGUUAUCCACAUAUGUUUGGUGGUGGUGGAUAUGGUGGUUCUGGGUACACUAGACCUGCUCCAUUUUACAAUCAAAGUUUCGUUCCGAGAACAAGAGGUUACCAACCAAGAGGAAGGGGAGGCCCAACAGAUUUCAGACCAGUUAUCCAUUACAGAGAUCUAGACGCCCCAAGAGAACCAGAAGAAUUUAUUUGAUUGAUGUAUUUGUUUUAAUAUUAGGUGGCAGUUUUUUUAUUAAUUUGCUUCUUCCUAAAGAUAUCUAAAUGGAUUUUUCCAAUGUUAAUGUAUUAGUUCAGGAUGAUUUUUAUAUCGAUUAUGCUUUUAGUAGUUAAUAAAGCAUUCACGUACUGCA